UUCGCAGCGGCACGCUCCAAUGGGCAGCCCCUGGCAUUCCCCUCCGACGACGAUGAGGCACUGCGUCGGCCUCUGCCUCUGUUUGCUGCUGCUCUUGUCACACGUGAGGGCAUCAGCAGCAGCAGCAGCUGACGAUGAGAUGUCUUCCGCCUACGGGUCCACUUCCACUUGCGUCAUUCGCGCCACGCUCUACAUGACGCCGGCAUGGGAUCGCAGCGACCAAGAUUUUGGCCUGCCCCUGGACAUUGAUUGCUCUGGAAACAACACGCUGGAGGUACUAGCUGCAUUCGACCUUGGCGCCCAGCGGGUGGCCGGCAAGAGUCAUGUCCUACUGGACGGAGCCCACACGCCGCCACUCGGUGUCGCCAGCUAUGGCCUGGAGUAUCUGGAUAAUUGUCCCCAUCUGCAGAGCUUGGAGAUCGAGCGAUUCGUUGGGGACUCCACCCUCAGGCUAGGCUGCGGUGGUCCCAUUCUAAACAAGAUGACAGCCGUGUUCAUUAAGAAUAAUGAGCUGGGCACGCUAAGUGGCAAUAGCUUCGAGCAGUUGCCGCAUUUGAGUCGUCUUCAGAUUCAGGGCAACUCCCUGAGGUUCAUGGAACCACUGCUGGGCUGUGGUAAACUCCAGGAACUUACUAUCAAGGAGGAGGAGCAUUUGGUCUUGAGAGAUGGUGACAUCAUUGAACAGCUGGCGAAUCUAGAAAGACUUCGCCUUAGUCGCCUCAAGAUGAUUGAACCCGAAUUCUUCAAUUUAUUGCCCGAGAAUCUCAUAGAACUCGUUGUGGAGAAGACACUGAUUGAAGACAAGAGCUUAGUCCUGGCCAAUGGAACCUCUCAUCUGAUCAAUGUGACCAUUGUCGAUUGCCAUCUGAACAGCUUUGGCCUUGAACCAUACGGGAAUCGGAGCAUACUCCACUUGAACCUGAGUGGCAAUGCCUUGACCUCAUUGGAACUGGGGGAAAGUUUCCUCAUAUCGCUGGAUCUCAGCAGGAAUCAAUUGGGUAACCUAACCAGCGGCUGGUUCAGCAGUCUGACGAAACUCAAAGAGCUGCGUUUGCAGGAGAACCUAAUUCACACGCUCUCUCUGGUGCAGUUGCUCCGGAUCGCCCCACAAACCAUCCAACAUAUCGAUCUGAGAUCAAAUCACUUGAUGACUCUAAAAGAUGUGGACGCCCGAAUGGAGCAGCCGUCAAUGCAGCUGCGUAUCUUUAUCGAUGGCAAUCCUUGGAGCUGCCAGUGGCUGCUCAAUUUCUCGCACACCCAGCCGCAGAUGUUCCGGCUCUUGCAGUACUCCAAGUAUAUUUCGCACAUCAAUGUGAAUGGAUUGAGCUGCAGUCCCCAGGAGCCACCCACAGAAGGGCCUGCGAAGCGAGAGCGACCGCCUGGGAGGAUUAUGCAUGUGAUCCUCAAUAACUCCUUCGUUCCGGUGCCGCAUCCUAACACGAAUGUCUCCAGCUUCACAGUGUUGUAUGGCAAUCCCGUGGAACUGCAUCGCAGCCAACGUUCGGGGGCCCUCAUCAUUGUCUUCAUGCUGCCCUUGGGGAUAGCCCUGCUCUUCCUGCUGCUCUACCUAUAUCUGCACUGCGAACGACUCUUCCACUUGUCCUAUUACAUAUCGGGACUGUCGUGCUUUGGCGAUGGCAAGUCCUCCAGCCAGCCUCGCUUUGUGGAUCAUGUGGAUAUUGUGCGUUAUCCCAUAGCCAAUGGCAAUGGUGCUGCUCCCCUGGAAUUGGAGCCCGCUCUGGCCGAUGGCUAUGAGACGCCGGUGAGCGGUGGUGCCUCCAUUUGCAACUGCACGGGCCAUAGAGAUUCCUCGUGCUCGCGCACGCAUCAUGUGACGUACGAGGCACUGCCCACGGAGCUGCCUUAUCAACUGUACUCCGAGAUCACGGAGCUGGCGGAAAAUGGAGACGGAACGAAAGAGAUUCCGAAAGGCUGCGCCCCUACAGCGCCCAUCUACGACCACCUGUCGUUUGGGGAGGAGGGGCAACAGGAGGUUGAACUAAGGGAAAAUUCGUAGGGGUCGUUUAUAU